AUGUCGAUGGACGUAAUAGCUUCGCCAUUCUCGCCGUCCCCGGACAAACCAGUCGUCGCCGUGGCUGGCGGGACGGGUGACCUGGGCACACGCCUGACCGAGACGUUCCUCUCCAACGAGCUCCGCCAUCGGUUGUCCGGGUUCGUCCUGCUUGCUCGUCGCCACACGGCCAGGACGGAGAGGUGGAGGCACAGAUUGGGCGCCGAGGUCCGCGUCGUUGGUGAUGAAGGCGACGAGGGCGACGACAACGACGGCGACGUGUGCGGCGAAAGUGAUCUGGUCAUGGCGCUGGAGGGGGUCGACGUCCUCAUCAACGCGAUCUCAUCGUCUGGCGCCCGCCUGCGUGACAAGAUCGCCCGCUCGCUGCCCAAGACCCGGGUAAAGCUGUACUUCCCGUCCGAGUUCGGGGUCGACCACAGGCUGCACGACUUCGGCGUGCCGGAGUGGGACGGGAAAAAGCGACACUACGAGCUCACCAAGGCCAUCCUCAGAGACACCCCCGACAUCCGCGUCUGCCGCGUCUUCAACGGCCUCUUCCUCCACAGCGGCGUCGGGCCCUGGUACGGCUUCCACACCGCCAAGGACGUGUACCAGGCCGUCGGUAGCCUGGACCGGGUCACCAGUUACACCGACAUUGGCGACAUUGCACGCGUCCUGUGUCGACUCGCCGAACAGGCGAUGCGGGACCAGACGCAGGUGCCCGAGCAGCUCAGAAUCGCCGGCACACACGCCAGUUUCCGCCAAAUCGCCCAGUGCAUGACCGCGGCCGGCGCCGGGCAUGUCGAGUUGAGGAGUGUCGACCUGGACAGCUUCAGGAAAAGGGCCUUGAUGCGUCAGUACGAGGACCGCGGUCCCAUCGUGUGCCUGAGGUUCAUCAUGGGCGACGGGAGAGCAGAUUACAGACCCAAAGAUGAAGGGGGCUGGGCAAUGAUAACCAUCUCGUCAACCCGGACCAGUCAUAUUUUGUGUGGAAGAGGAUGGAUGAUUUGGCGAUCGAGACGAACGGGAGGCCAAAUCGCAAUGCCUGAUUGA